AUGAUUGGUUUGUCUUGCACUUUUGUCAUUCUAUUUUCUGGAUUUUAUGAUUCAGUUUAUGUUCCUUUGUUCACCUCUUGCAAAUUCCAGUACUCAAAAGAUGGAAAUGUCACUACAUUGAUAUGGGGAGCAUCACCACAAUCACGAUCUGAUCGGCAGAAGGACCGAGUUGAGACAAAUCCUGAACAGUUGGCAGCUGCAUCAGCUCAAGCUGAUAUAUCCUUAAAACUUUGCAGAACAACACGAGUUAUUGGGUGGUACCAUUCACAUCUCCAUAUUACUGUUAUUCCUUCUCAUGUUGAUGUGCGGACUCAGGCAAUGUAUCAACUUCUAGAUUCUGGAUUUAUUGGGCUCAUAUUUUCUUGUUUUAGUGAAGAUACAAACAAGGUGGGAAGAAUACAAGUCAUUGCUUUUCAGUCAUUGCUUUAUCACCACUGAAUAGAAGCUCAGUUAUCGAUCUGGAGUCAUCUCUAAGCUCUUCUGAAAAUCCAUUGU